CGAAAGGUGGGGCUGAAAAAAAGGAUGCAAGCAAUGGCUGUAAGCGUCAUCAUCUUGACUUCUCUCUUUUUCAACAUUUUUCUCCAAAUGUUCUGAAAACGUCAAUUCAUCAUGCUUGCAUAUUCCAAGAUUCAAUUCAUCAUAGAUUCUUAUUCAAAAACGGGAUAUGCAUUUGCAUAAACAAUGGCCACCAAUCCAUUGGUAUCCGGUGAUCUCUCACUUCAAAAAGGGCCAACAGGAAACAAGUCUCUGUCCUUAAAAAACCCGCCGACGGAUUCCGAUCAGCAGCAUUGGUUGUUCGAGAGCAGAGGAACGUACGGAAUCGGAAACGCGUAUAACGAUAAAAACGACCAUGAAACUGGAACCAAAUUGGCUAAAUUCUUGGACAAACCAUGGAAACCUCUCACCCGCAAAACUCAAGUCCCCCCAAGUGUUCUUAGCCCAUAUCGGUUCCUUGUUGCCAUUAGAUUGGUAGUCCAAUUCUUGUUUCUAUCAUGGAGAUUACAAAACCCUAAUUUUGAUGCGAUGUGGUUGUGGGGGAUUUCGAUUUCAUGUGAGAUUUGGUUUGCGUUUUCGUGGUUGUUGGAUCAGUUACCCAAGUUAAAUCCGAUAAACCGAGCUACGGAUUUGGUGGCUUUGAAGGAUAAGUUUGAGAGCAAGUCUGCGGAGAACCCUAGUGGCCGGUCGGAUUUACCGGGAAUAGAUGUGUUUAUCUCGACUGCGGACCCUGAUAAGGAACCGCCUUUGGUUACUGCGAAUACUAUUUUGUCUAUUCUCGCGGUUGAGUGGCCUAUCGAGAAGGUUUCUGUUUAUAUCUCGGACGAUGGUGGUGCCAUUCUAACGUUUGAAGCUAUGGCUGAGGCAGUCGAUUUCGGUCAUCUAUGGGUACCGUUUUGUCGAAAACACAACAUCGAACCUAGGAACCCCGAAAGUUAUUUCACACAGAAAAUAGAUCACACAAAAAAUAAAAAACGGGCUGAUUUUGUGAAGGAUCAUCGUUGGAUGAAGCGAGAAUAUGACGAGUUCAAAGUGAGAAUAAAUGGUCUUCCUGAUGUCAUACGGAAGCGUUGUGAAAGGUACAAUCACAGAGAAAUGAAGGAGAAGAAGAAUGAUAGUUCAGGAUUAGGAGAGGCUGCUAAAGCAACUUGGAUGGCAGAUGGUACCCAUUGGCCAGGUACGUGGUUCACCCCAACAACAGAUCACAAAAAAGGUGACCAUGCAGGAAUUAUUCAGUUGAUGAGCAGGGUGCCAGAAAACGAUCCGGUGAUGGGGAAGGACAAUGAAGGAAAACUUGACUUUACGGGUGUCGACAUUAGGCUUCCAAUGUUUGUGUAUGUCUCACGUGAAAAACGUCCUGGUUAUGACCAUCAGAAGAAGGCUGGAGCCAUGAACGCAUUGGUUAGGUCAUCGGCUAUACUCUCUAAUGGACCUUUCAUUCUUAACUUGGAUUGUGAUCAUUAUAUAUAUAACACCAUGGCUAUAAGGGAAGGUAUGUGCUUCAUGUUGGAUCGUGGGGGUGACCGCGUUUGCUACAUACAGUUUCCUCAAAGGUUUGAAGGGAUCGAUCCUUCCGAUAGAUACGCAAACCACAACACAGUGUUUUUCGAUGGGAAUAUGAGAGCUCUGGAUGGUUUACAAGGUCCGGUAUACGUAGGAACUGGUUGCAUGUUUCGACGGUAUGCACUCUAUGGGUUUAGUCCACCUCGAGCAAUCGAAUACCGUGGAAUUGUGGGCCAGAAAAAGAAACCUGCGGCUACACUCUCUCCAGGCCGCUCAUUACAGGCUGUGCGUGAUCAAGACCAUGAUCUUCAUACCUCAAAAGAAGAGCAUCCUGAUUUAAGCCUCCCUAAAAAAUUUGGAAAUUCAAACAUGUUCGUUGACUCUAUAGCAGUCGCGGAGUAUCAAGGGCGGCCACUUGCCGAUCAUGUGUCUGUUAAAAAUGGUCGUCCUGCAGGUGCACUACUUGCUCCGCGCCCUCCAUUGGAUGCGCUUACUGUAGCUGAGGCUAUAACUGUUAUUUCUUGCUGGUAUGAAGAGAAUACCGAAUGGGGAGAUCGGAUAGGGUGGAUCUACGGGUCUGUAACAGAGGAUGUGGUUACAGGUUAUAGAAUGCACAAUCGUGGGUGGCGAUCUGUCUACUGUAUAACAAAGCGAGACGCGUUUCGUGGGACAGCACCUAUCAACAUGACUGACCGGUUGCAUCAAGUGCUCCGUUGGGCCACGGGUUCGGUUGAGAUAUUUUUCUCGAAAAACAAUGCGUUUUUAGCGAGCUCACGUCUCAAGUUCCUACAAAGAAUAGCGUAUAUUAACGUUGGCAUGUACCCUUUCACAUCUAUAUUCUUGGUUGCGUACUUAUUCCUCCCAGCACUUUGCAUGCUCACAGGGCAAUUCAUCGUGCCAAACAUUGAUGCCACAUUUCUAACGUAUCUCCUCAUCAUGACUAUGACACUUGCUCUCAUCUCUCUUCUUGAAGUAAAGUGGUCUGGAAUAGCCUUAGAGGAAUGGUGGCGAAAUGAGCAGUUUUGGGCCAUUGGUGGCUCAAGUGCUCAUCUGGGUGCUGUGAUUCAAGGGCUGCUAAAAGUUAUAGCUGGAAUCGAAAUUUCAUUCACUCUGACUUCUAAAUCAGCGGCUGAAGAUGAUGACGAUAUAUACGCUGAUUUAUACGUUGUGAAGUGGUCAAGUCUGUUUGUAAUGCCACUCACCAUUUGCAUUACCAACAUUGUAGCACUUAUUAUGGGGACUGCGAGGACGCUUUUUAGUGUGAUUCCUCAAUGGAAUAAGCUUUUUGGUGGAGCUUUUUUUAGCUUUUGGGUGUUGGCUCAUAUGUAUCCGUUUAUGAAAGGGCUGAUGGGUAGAAGAGGAAAAGUGACGACUAUACUUUAUGUUUGGGCAGGGGUGUUGUCUAUUACUGUCUCUUUGCUUUGGAUUACUAUCAGUCCCCCAGAUGACAUUGGUAAAAUCUAGGAUUUGCAGCUUUUGAAAGGAUUAUAUAUAUAUAUAUAUAUGUUAGUGGUAGUCUUUUUAUCUUAAUGGUUAGUAGUUGUAACAAUGUAUUACAAUCCAGUUCUUAGAUUAAUACAUAUAUUACUGGCGAG